AUUGCAACCAAUUCUCACCAAUUACUUUCUCUCUUUCAAAAAUAAAAAAUAAAAAAUUCUUUUCACUUUUCCCUAAGAAUAAGUAAAUAAAUACACACAAUAUAUACUACAAAUAUUGUAAUUUUUAGUAGUACUAGUAUAGUUUGCUAGUUAGUUAUAAGUUGAAUUUAUUCUUUUUUUGGUCCAAAAAAAAAAAUGAAGAUUUGUUCAUCAUGGUGUAGUAAAUCAGCUUCAACAAGAUUUUUAUGGAUUAUAAUUCCAUUUAUUUUGGUUUCUAUUUUUUUUGCAUUUGGAAAUUCAAAGAGUUCAUCUUUUUCUACUUCAACUUGGCUUUUCAGUUCAGGAAAAAAUAAUUCCGGUGAGUUGGUGGCGGUGAAGGUGGCGGUCAACGGUGGUGCUGACCAUGAAGAUGCAAUUUUAGAAGAUUAUAAUUUUAAUAAUAGUAAUAUUAUUAUUAAUAGUUUUUCACCAAUUACUGCUGAAGUUGAUCAAGAAUCUGAAGAAGAAUUUCAAGAAAAUCAUGAACAACCAGUUGUUACGCAAAAGGAUGAAAGUUUUAACAUUUCGUCGGAGAAAUCACAUGAGUUGCCUUCUCUGAAUGAAACUCAUGAUCUUUCGACUGAACCGAAAAUCAAAAAAAAGUUUACCAAUUUGGAGAAGUUGGAAGUUCAAUUGGGGAAAGCACGAGCCGCCAUCAAAGAAGCCGCUAUGUCUGGAAAUCAAACGGAUGAUUCCGACUAUGUUCCAACCGGUCCAUUGUAUUGGAAUGCGAAAGCUUUCCAUAGGAGUUAUUUGGAAAUGGAAAAACAAUUCAAGGUAUUCGUGUACGAAGAAGGAGAGCAGCCUAUUUUUCACAAUGGCCCGUGCAAAAGCAUAUACGCGAUGGAGGGUAACUUUAUUUAUCAAAUGGAGACGACUAAACUCCGGACUAGAGACCCCGAGAAAGCUCAUGUUUUCUUCCUACCGAUCAGCGUGACAGCGAUAGUUCACUUCAUAUAUGAUAGAAAAUCGAGAGACCAUUGGAAUCCGAUGAAACAAACGCUUACAGAUUACAUUAAUCUUGUUUCUGGGAAAUAUCCAUAUUGGAAUCGAAGCAUAGGUGCCGAUCAUUUCAUGCUCUCUUGCCAUGAUUGGGGGCCUGAAAUUUCGAAGGCUGUUCCGGAGCUAUUCAAGAACUCAAUCCGAGCGUUAUGCAAUGCUAAUACCUCGGAAGGAUUCAAGCCAUCUAGAGAUGUAUCCUUCCCGGAGAUACUCCUUCCGGGAGGUACAAUGGAUGGCCUGCUUGGCGGUCCAUCUCCAUCACGUCGAUCAAUCUUGGCAUUCUUCGCUGGAGGGCUUCACGGACCUAUACGCCCGAUACUUCUCGAGCAUUGGGAGAACAAAGACAACGACGUCCAAGUCCACAGGUACCUACCAAAAGGCGUCUCGUACUAUGGCAUGUUAAGGAAUAGCAAGUUUUGCCUUUGUCCUAGUGGUUACGAAGUUGCUAGUCCACGAAUGGUCGAGGCACUUUACACCGGGUGUGUCCCGGUCCUCAUUAAGGACCAUUACGUGCCACCAUUUAGCGACAUUUUGAACUGGAAAUCGUUCUCGGUUGAAGUCCCCGUCGAGCGAAUACCGGACUUGAAGAAAAUACUGGCUGGGAUUUCAACAAGACAAUAUAUAAGGUUGCAAAGAAGAGGUAAACAAGUGAGAAGGCAUUUUGAAGUUAAUAGAACUCCAAAAAGAUAUGAUGUUUUCCAUAUGAUACUUCAUUCCAUUUGGCUUAGAAGAUUGAAUAUUAAGCUUCAUGGUCUUGAAUAUUUGUAAACCUUUAGUAGUUUGUACGUAGCAUAGAUCCUUCUGGUCCGACUCUUCUCUGGACCCUACACGCAACAGGAUGUUUCUGGUCCGACUCCUCUCUGGACCCUACACGUAGCAGGAUGUUUCUGAUUCGACUCUUCUCCGGACCCUAUAUUUAGGAUGUUUCUGGUCCGACUCUUCUUUGGACCCUACACUUAGCAGGAGGAUGUUUCUUGUCUGAUUCUUCUCCGGACCCUACACGUAGCAGGAUGUUAGGAUGUUAGUGCACCGGCUGCUCUUUGUUAGUUUGUAUGUAUGUAUCUUUUGUGUAUAUGUGAAACCACGUUUUAUUAUAAUCUAAUUGUUUAGACAUUAGAGAUUGACUAUGUUUUUUUUAAUUAAUU